UUGCAGCUGCGGCAGCACAGCACACAGCACAGCACACGGCACAGCAAUCGCCUCAGUUGUGCAUCAUAUACAGCCGGGCAUACGGACGAUACGAUGGGACGAGACCUCACCGCUAUUUUCACCUCCUCGUUGGUUGUUCUGCUUUGUCCAGGGCCCGAUGCUUUCGUUCCAAGCGCGAGAAUAGGACCUCCGCUGAGUGCUGCGCCGCCGCGGCCGCGGCACCGCGUUGAAGGUCUGCCGCUGACUCGACGAACACGCCCGAGCCUCCCCUGCACGCGCAGCAGCGCGCAGCAGCAGGCCGAUAACCGCCAUGGCAGCAGCGAGCACGACGACGACGACGUUCGUUCGGCGCCUCAGCGACGACCGCCACCUACGGCGAACGGCCCGGCCUCCGUCGUGCGCUUCCGCGUGCUGCGAGGCGGGAACCCCCGCGACAACGCCGCCGCCGCCACCCCCGAAGCCGACCUCGUGGAAGUCUCCCUCGACCGACCCGACAGCGGCGGCGGCAUGGCCAACAACCCCCAAGACCUGAGAGAGUUCCUGUUCCUAGUGAGAUCAAGCCAGCCGGGGUCUAUAGGCGAGGACCUGCAGCGGCGGGGCGUUCGCGUUUUUCCGGAGGAGGCGUUUGCCGACGCGGAGGCGGAGGUCGGGUGGGCGGGCGGGAGGCCGCUGCCUCUCGACACGCCGAUGACGGAGCUCCCUAGAGACGGGGAGGGACGUGUCCGGCUCGUUCUUUGGGACCCCUGCGGUCCGGAUCACCCCUUGGUACGGGCCGUGAGCGUCGAGCCUUCGAAAGACGCCUCCGUGGAGGUGCUCAAUUUCCUCUUGCCCGGGGAUAGGCGUCGGCAUGACGGCGGGGAAGGGACGGCGGGAGACGGAGGGGGUUGCAGCAGCGGCUACGGCAGGGACUUCGACGAGUCGCGCUCGGCCGUAGUGUUCCGGAAGUGGUUCACCGUGGAGCAGCAGCAGGUCAUUGCCGAUUCUCUCGCGAGCCAGAUAUUUGCAGAGGACGAUGACGAGGGUCCCGGCUUAGACGUAGAUCGGGAACACUUCCCCCUCCUCCGAGACAGAGCGGGGCUGGCGGCGGUGGGGGACAGCAUGCUUUCCGCCCUUUCUUCGGACCGGUUCUCGGGAGAGGUUGGAGGCCGUGAUCCUCCCGUACCGACAAGGGCGAACAGAGAGUUCAACGCGGUGUGCUACGGUGCUCAGGCCAAGAUGCAGGAACACAGGGAUACUUGGAAAGAGUGGACGCUGAUCGUCUCCAUCGGCAACACGAUCCCGUUCGACCUGGGAAUGUCUAAGGGCCGCCCGGACAUCAGGCUGGAGCUAGCCUCCGGAGAAGGACUCCUUUUCAACGGGUACGAGCUCUUCCACGAGGUGCACGGUGUCAAACCGGGGACCGCCCCCGCUUUUUGGGAAACCCACGCGCUGAGUGCCAAGGGCGGCUUCGCCAGGGUGGGCUUUCUGUCCAUGAAGAGCUUCAACAGCAAGGGGGUGUCCGCGCCCACAUGGGGUGUCGAAAAAGGCAGUUCAGCAGGCAACGCUAAAGCUUGACACAAGCGGCAGAUGCGGCAAUAUUUAAUAGGGAGGGCUCACUCAACGACGGCGAGUUUUGACGUCCGCCCCCCCCUCCCCCCCCCCAUGAUAUCGUAUUUUGUCUAUCCAUGUUUCAUCGCUGGUGUUGGCGGCGGUCUCGGUUGCGAUUGGCGGUGGGAUGUUUUGGCUGUAAAUGUCUGUUUCGGCGCGAGAAGGUGCGGGAGAGAGAGGGAGACAAAUUGUGCGUGGGAGGGAGGGAGAGAGUGCGUGAGAGAGAGGUGUGUGUGGGAGUGUGUAUGAGAGAGUGGGAGUGAGAGAGAGGGGAGGGGGGGAGGGGUCACGAGAACACGGUAAACGUGGGGGUUGUCGUGAUUCGUACUCGUACACAGUGCGCGCAUAGUACGAAUGGGGAAUGAGGCGUCGUUUUAUGGCAUCUGAUGAGCAAGGUGCGAGAAUUCCGUAAUGCCAGCCACUGCUGUCACUGCCCCGCCAGUCAACAGAUUGAGCGUAGAUGUAGCAAUAGAGACUGCAGGAGGGAAGAGAAGAGGGCUGCACAAACUAUUUGACUUGUAAAAAGUCCAGGAAGCACCAUUCCGGCGGGGAAAUCGAGAAUGCUCCGAUAGCUGCAUGCAGACACUCGAGACAUUGUGUGCUCAUGGCCGAGAAAAACAGUUUUUUCGGGUCGAGACUAAAGGUGUCUUUUCUGAAGAAGCCCGUUUUCUGAAGCCCGUUGAAUGUGUUUGUUCCCAAUCAUUUUUAGCCUU